UUUUCUAUCCCGUGAAUUUCUCAACAAAAAAAAAUUUAAAAAGAAAAAUUAAUUUGUCUGUGAUCAUCACAAAUGUCAUGUGUCACUGUUUCCGCCAUUGACGGAUAGAGAUAAAGACGAAAAACAAACAGAGAUUUUUCAUUUUUCAGUAAUUUUUUCACUAAUAAGUGUUCAUACCUCUAAAUCUUUUUUUUUUUGUCGGAAAAUUCUUCAGAUUUGGAACAAUUUUUGAAUUUUGAAGAUGAAAUUCUGCAAGAAAUAUGAAGAGUUUAUGGAAGGGCAAUGCCAGAAUAAGAAAUUGCCGCGUGUAGGUCUUAAGAAAUUAAAGAAAAUUUUGAAGAAAUGUCGAAAAUGCCAUCAGUCACGAAGUGUUGGUGUUGGUCCACCUGCAGAUAACAAUAAUCUCCAUGACAGCUCCACUUGUUCCCAGCAUCAAUGUUCUGUUUGUGAUGGAAGUUUUUUUCCAUCUCUCCUUAAGGAGAUGUCUGAAGUGGUUGGGAGCUUCAAUAAACGUGCACAGAGAUUGCUUGAGUUGCAUCUCUCAUCGGGUUUCCGCAAGUAUCUUAUCUUGCUCAAAGAAAAAAUACAAGGAAACCAUAUUGCUUUAGUUCAAGAAGGAAAAGAUUUAGUCACCUAUGCUAUAAUCAAUGCAAUUGCCGUGCGUAAAAUACUUAAGAAAUAUGACAAGAUUCACUAUUCUAAGCAAGGCCAGGCAUUCAAGUCACAAGCUCAAAGUAUGCAUGUUGAGAUCCUUCAAUCCCCCUGGCUGUGUGAACUUAUGGCUUUUCGCAUCAAUUUGAGAGAAAAUAAGGCAAAAAAUGAGAAGGCUCUUGCACUUUUUGAUGGUUGCUUCCUGAUAUUCAAUGAAGGAAAACCAUCUCUCACUUGUGAGCUCUUUGAUUCUAUCAAGCUUGAUAUUGAUUUGACCUGUUCAAUUUGCUUGGAUACCGUGUUUGACCCAGUAUCUCUCACUUGUGGUCAUAUCUUCUGCUAUAUCUGUGCUUGCAAAGGUGCAUCAGUGACCUUAGUUGAUGGACUGAAUGCGGCAAAUAACAAGGAAAAAUGCCCUCUCUGCCGAGAGGAAGGAGUGUAUGAAGGUGCUGUGCAUCUGGAAGAGCUUAACAUUCUACUGAGUAGAAGUUGCCCGGUGUAUUGGAAAGAGCGCCUUCAGACCGAGAGAGUAGAGAGACUUCGGCUUGCUAAGGAGCAUUGGGAAUCUCUGUGUCGGGCAUUUGUUGGCGUCUGAACGAUAAUAUUAGUCUCAUGGUGGCAAUAGAAUUCAUAGUAGCAUUUGGUUUCUCCUGCAUUUUCUUCUAUGUUGUUUGAAUCCUUCAAAAUGUUGUACCUAUUUCAGAUCCUCCAUAAAUAUUGCAUUUUAGAGCAAUAUGAGUGUGGUUCCUUUUUUGAGGAAUUCAAGCAUACAUAGAUUUUCUUUGUUUCUGCUGUUCAUGCUCCGAACAAGUGCUAGAAUCUGUAAAUAACUGCAGAAUUUUGUCAUAUUACGUGCUUUUGAGUUGAAGAGCCGUAAUUUUUUUAGUAAGAAAAUUUGUUGUGGAACUCAA